AUGGGAUGUGGUGUAGGAAUGUAUUCAGGAGGUAAACUAGUUGGGGUGGUGUUUCUUGUGGUUGUAUUCAGUAGCCAGGUACACACAACAUUCACCUGUCCUGGUGGGUGUUUCUGCGCGCCGCACAGCAAAAAUGUGCAAUGUGCAAACAAGAAUUUUCUCAAAAUUCCCGACGGAAUUCCUUCGGAAACUUUAGAGCUUAAUCUGAAUGAAAAUAAGUUUAAAAAUACCGGAUUGAUUAGGCGGAAUUUCACGGAUCUUUAUAAUCUUCAGAAUUUAUAUUUGAGUGAUUGUGGUAUUGAAACUAUCGCUACAUUAGCAAGAACAACAUCCGGUUUCUCGCCAGACUUUACCUUCAGAGGCCUUCAUUUAAAACAUCUCUUUAUCAACGAUAAUCUCGGUAUUCAAAUUUCCAUUGGUGCUUUUGCAGGCAUGACCACUCAGGGAUUAUACAUGAACAACUGCGGAUUACGCCGAAUUCCAGUGGAUCUCAUGUCACCACUUAAUGGCUCCUUGAAAACACUUUGGCUUCAUGGAAACAACUUUGAGGCUUUUAACGAGAAAUGGUUCUACUUCUUCAGAAAGUUGGCUCACGUGCGUCUGGGUGGGAACUCAUUCCAUUGUAACUGUGAGAUCCAUUGGCUGUAUGCCUUCUAUAAGAGCUCGAAACUGUCUUUAUUCGCGGGUGCCGAACAGCCGCAGUGUGAGAGUCCCCGGUUGGUAAGAGGUAAGAAUUUCGACGAUUUAACUGAUGAAGACUUUCGAUGUGAGCUGCCCACAUUUCAAAAUGUGGAUGCAGUCUUCGACACAAAAAUUGGUAAGCUCACCUGUCAGGCCAGAGGAGACCCAGCCCCUACCCUUUACUGGAUCCGACCCGAUGGAACUACCGAGACAUUCUACCCCAGAAAUGAUCUGGACAGUCGGGAGAACAUCGGGUUGAUGUUUAUGACGGAUGUGAAGCUGGAGAACAAGGAAGUCUACAAGUGUGUGGCUAGCAACCCAGCCGGCAAUGUAACGUUCUCUCUCAACGUUGUUUGGCCUGACUUAAAAUCACUACAGCCACCUACGCCAAAGACCAUCAGUAAACCAACAAAGGGCAGCAGUAACAGUAACAGUAUUGUCAUCAGAGACGACGCCACAAGUCCUCCUUCAAAAGCACUGUACAAAAACUACGCAGGCGAUGACUCUCAAGUUUACGACUGGAAUGGAAACUCUGAGAGCAGUAAAAUGCGUCCAUCAGAUAAAAAUUCAUCUGGUACCUUUUUAUUAACACUUAUUCUCACUGUAACUGUUUUCCACCUGUGCUAUCGCAGAAGAGACUGCUUCCGGCAGGACGAUCACUACUCUGUGCCUGAUGAGAUUAAUAAUAAACGAAGCCCUCAUGGAGUCUACAUCAUGAAAGAGACGGAGGAGAAUCGUAUCAAAAUGAUCAACCACAAUAACAGCCACGAAUGUCCCAGCUGA